CUGCCAUUUCUGCCCAUCGAGGUCAGACCAGGCCAAGCUAGACCCUAAUCACUAACAGACGAACUGUGCUUUCACGCACAGAGCCCCGCUAUAAAAGCCAGAAACACCCAUUCUGCUGGUGGAGUCAUGACGGAGAGCGGCGGGGCUCUGGAGCGCCUGAGGAGGUGUUGCUUUCCCUGUACACCACACUCUCAGUUCUGGCCUCCAUCGUGCUUCACUCAAGACAAAGCUAUGACUGCCUUUAAGGGCAUCUGGACUAAGGAGUUCUGGCGCUGUGUGACGGCUGAGUUCUCUGCCAUGCUGAUCUUUGUCCUGCUUGGUCUCGGUUCAACUAUCAACUGGGGCACUGAGGAUCCCCACCCCCCCGACCUCGUGCUCAUCUCUCUCUGCUUUGGCCUGACUAUUGCCACCAUGGUGCGGUGCUUCGGCCACAUCAGUGGGGCUCAUAUCAAUCCAGCGGUCACGGUAGCCAUGGUUGUGACCAGGAAGCUGAGCCUGGCUAAAGCAGUCUUCUACCUCCUGGCCCAGUGUGUGGGAGCCAUAGUCGGGGCGGCCGUACUGUACGGGAUCACCCCAGCCUCUGUUAGGGGUGGGAUGGGAGUCACUGAAGUGAAUGAAAGUAUCUCUGUGGGUACCGCCCUGGUCGUAGAACUCUUCAUCACCUUUCAGCUGAUCUUCACCAUCUUUGCCACCUGUGACCACAAACGUAAAGAUCUCAAAGGUUCAUCUGCUUUGGCUAUCGGCCUUUCUGUUUGUGUUGGUCAUCUGUUUGCUAUUCCCUUCACUGGAGCCAGUAUGAACCCUGCUCGGUCCUUCGGCCCAGCGAUGGUCACAUGGUCCUGGGAAAACCACUGGGUGUACUGGGUGGGUCCGUCAAUGGGUGGCACCCUGGCUGCAGCUCUUUAUGAAUACCUGUUCUGCCCCGACCCAGAGGUGAAGAAACGUUUCUCUGAGACUUUCGUGAAGACGCCCUUCACUGCUGCUAAACAACGACAGGAUUCAGCCACGGCCCAGGAGCCUCUCUUCACUGUCAUGGAUGUAGAAAGAGCUGAGAGGAGGGAGAGGGAGGUGUCUGGGGAGGUGCUGUCCUCUGUGUGACUACAAAGAAAAGAAAGCACCAAUGCUCCAAAUGCUGCAGAGUCUGCUCUCGUCUGCUCCUGUAGAUGGGCGCAUUAAAACAGUCAUGGUUGUAGCAGGAAGACUGAACACUUCACGAGGGGGGGGGGGCUUCUUCUUUUGGCAACCAAAAAGAUUGUGUUGGCUAGUUUUAAGUAAAGGGCUGCAAGGUUUUCAAAAGAAAUACUGUAAAUAAAAAGAAACUGCUGAAAGCGUGUGUUUGUGCUCAUGUAAUAUGGAUUUCAAGUUUUUCUUUUCAGGGAAGUGUCACAUCUGAGGAAAAGCGAGGGUAGAGUGUGUGGCAGCGUUCCAACGCAGGAAAACUGAGGACGUGAAAGACAAACAGCAACCAUGAAGUAACCUUGUCCCACCCUCAGUAACACUGCGGGUAAUAUGGAUGCAAUAUAAAGUUAGUGCUGAGCUCCCUGCAAACCAAACACUCUCUGAUUCUCUCUCGUCUUCAGUCUGAAUGUCAUUUAUGCUGACUUUCUGCCAGAAAACACUGACACGCUUAAAAGUCAGCGCUCACAGCAGCGCUCACAGCACGCCCACUCCAGUGUUUUAUGAUGUAAGCAGCUAACAAUACUUGUUAGGGUCCAACAUUAAGUUUUCAUAACCUCAAGAGGCCAUCUUAAUUUAUUCACUGAUCUUUCUGUUGUGCUCACAACAUCAGGGGGUUGCAGUCUUCUUUUAAAGUAGCAUCAAGUUCAACAAAAAAGACAGACGACGCCCUGUGGAGCCUCAUCGAUUUUUCACCGCUAAAGACAAAAAACUGCAUACCACAUAAAAACAGAUUUGGACAUUUGACCCCCUUUGAAAAGGGAAACAGUGCUUCGCCACCAGAGGCGAAGCACCGCAGAAGGAAAUGUGGCUCAUAGUUUAUCCAACAAAAAUAUGUAAAGCUCCAAUUCUUAUUAAUCCCACUGUAACAGAAACUGGCUUC